UGCUGGAGGAGGGAGAGCUGCGGCUGGACGCCCCUCAACUCCUGCAGGGCAAGACUGGAGCAGCGCGUAACGGAGUGCGUUAUCCGGAGAUACACCUGACCAGCAGGCUGCCGUCAGCCUCCACAGGCUCCGUUCAGCGGGGAUCUUUACAUGCGUGCGUAUCGGAUUUGCACAAUAGCGCGGAGCAGCGCGUCUUGGACGGACUCUCCUGUUGUUAGAGGGUUGAGUGUACAUUCAUGCCAGCAUUCAGCCAGUUCAGGAUACGCAUGUAAAGCGCACACAGUUGGAAUGGAUUCGUUUAACGCCAGCGGAAUGGACGCGUUCACGGUGAUCCAUUUGAAUUCCUCCUGGAGCCUGGACAGCGGAUACUCUUUGGCAGCUAUAGCUGGAAUUGCCGCCCUUGUAAGUUUUCUCAUUCUUUUUACCGUUGUUGGGAAUAUUCUGGUGGUUAUCGCUGUGUUAACGAGCAGGGCACUGAAAGCCCCACAGAACCUUUUUCUGGUGUCGCUGGCCACCGCGGACAUCCUAGUCGCCACUUUGGUGAUGCCGUUUUCUCUGGCGAAUGAACUUAUGGGCUACUGGUAUUUUGGAAAAGUUUGGUGUGGUAUUUAUCUGGCUCUGGAUGUUCUGUUCUGCACUUCUUCUAUUGUACAUCUGUGUGCUAUAAGCCUGGACCGGUAUUGGUCCGUGACGCAGGCUGUCGAGUACAAUCUGAAGCGGACUCCUAAACGCGUCAAGAGCAUCAUCCUGAUCGUGUGGCUGAUAUCUGCCUUCAUCUCCUCUCCUCCGCUCAUAUCUAUCGACAGCAACAACGACGUGAGCUCUCAGCCUCAGUGCCAACUGAAUGAUGACACUUGGUACAUUCUCUCCUCCAGCAUCGCGUCCUUCUUCGCUCCCUGCUUAAUUAUGAUUCUGGUGUAUAUCAGAAUAUACCAGGUGGCCAAAACCAGAACCAGAAGCAUGUCUGGAAAAAAAUCCAGGCCAGAUGGUGUGACACAAACUGAGAAUGGACUGAGCAAAGCCACCUCCCCGUUCCAUGGCGAGAGGGAGAACGGUCAUUGUCACUGCCCGCCUACGCCCAGCCAACGCACCGCCACCGUGGGCCAGCAGACUGAGAGCCCUGACAUGGAGGAGAGCUCCUCCUCAGAAGACAAAGGUCACGGAUCCCAGCCCCAGGACUCCCAGAGAACCAAGAGGGCCGGUACAAACAAAGGCUCCCUCUCCAAACACUCCGCUGGCAUCUCCAGAGUCAGUAACAAGUCCAAAGACCUCUUUGCCUCUCGGAGGAAACGUCGGCGGAGCUCCUUAGCCAUAAAAAAGGCCUCUCAAGCCAGGGAGAAGAGGUUUACAUUUGUCCUAGCUGUGGUCAUGGGGGUGUUUGUUGUGUGCUGGUUCCCCUUUUUCUUUAGCUACAGCUUAUACGGUGUGUGUAGGGAUUCCUGUAAGAUUCCUGACCCUCUGUUUAAAUUCUUUUUCUGGAUUGGCUACUGUAACAGCUCCCUCAACCCUGCUAUUUACACCAUCUUCAACCGAGACUUCCGACAUGCCUUCCAGAAGAUCCUUUGCAAGUCGUGGAAAAAGUCCUUUUAGAUGUGAAGUAGAGCUGCUGCAUCACAUUGACAAUCUUACAGAAGUAUCAAAGUGAAUUUGGAAAAAAACAAACCCAGAAAUCUAUUGUGUUUGUUACUGCCACUUGUUAUGUGUCAUUGUCCUGUUGUAUUUCAGUCAUGGCAGCACACACACUAGAUCAUCACACACUGGAUCAUCACACACUGGAUCAUCACACACUGGAUCAUCACACACUGGAUCAUCACACACUGGACCGUCACACACUGGACCGUCACACACUGGACCGUCACACACUGGACCGUCACACACUGGAUCAUCACACACUGGACCAUCACACAUUGGAUCAUCUGCUGGAAACUUUGACAUACUGUUUUCAUGACAGGUGGAAACCAUCAUCCUGAAUUCCUACUAAAAUGUGCUGAAACACUUUAAUAGCAUUUCAUCAUUGAUAAAGCUCUUUAUAUAUACACAAAAGAUAAUUUGCCAUGUUAAUUUAGAAAUAUGCAACAUAUAAGCACAGAAGGUUUUAAAUCUUGCUUAUCACAAAGGGACUCUUGUCAAAACAGUCUUAGUGUAAAUGAACAGCUUGAUAUUUAGGGAAAUAUGUUCUUUGGCUUUCUAUCAGACAGAUGAGAAUUAGUCUAAUGUCUGUUUGGUACAUAUGCAGCUGGAGCAACCAGCCAGUGAGUUUACCUCAGCAUAAACACUAGAAACUAAGAGAAACAGAUGGCCUGAUUCUCUCCAAAGUCAGCACUACUUACUGAAGUUUAGAAAUGAUCCCAUUAUAUCUUGUUUGGCUAAUCUGUACAAAAUAAAAAAUAAAGUGAAGCAUAAAACAACAACCUGCUGCUUAACAUGGGGUUUUGUUUGUCCUUACUGGGAGACACUAAGUACAUUUCUGUUUUAGAGGUGCAAACAUUUGCUGAUUUCCAAUCUUAAUGCUAAGCUACGUUAACCAAUUCCUGGCUCCAGCUGCUUAGUUACUGUACAGACAUGAAAGUGAUUUAAUUGUUAUCAGCCCAAUGAAUGGUCAUUAAAAGUUGAAAUCACUCCCAUAGAUAUGACUAAUCGAAGCUGUUUCUUCUGUUUUCUAUUAGCAGAGUAAAUUUAAGCACCCUCUGGCCUCCUAAUGGGUCCAGUUUGUCCAAUCUGAGCCAUAUUUAUGGGUUUGAUGGCAACUGGUAACAGUCCUUUAAUGAGCUAACAUUCAAGUCCAGUGCACUGAUCUUCUCAUCUAACUCGACUGAAACGCAAAUAAAUGCUUCUUAAAAUUCCUUUAAAAUUUAUGUGGAAAAGCAGGACUAAACUUGAAGCUUGUGUGAAGUCUGUGUUGUGUUUUAUUCACCUGUUUAAAUUCAGUCAGCACAAAAGAGUUUACACUGGACAAGCUUGACCUGUAUACUCUCAUUACAGCCGAGGUCUCCUUUGCCAUGUUUAAAUUGUCUACAUGUUUAAAAUGAAAAUUUCAACCAUGUUUUGUUUGUUUUCUUGCCCAGUUGCUGUUUGUCUUGUCAGCUUAUACAUGUAUGUACAUCUCGAUGUUAAACAGAAUCUAAAAAAGUAAAGGUGAAGGAGUAGCAGUUUAAGGGUUAAUCCAGAAUUGGAGGACAUUUGGGCUUCAAAAUUGUUGAAAAAUAAAUGUUCUCUUUUACAGUUUUCUGCUCCAUAUUCAUCAAUAAUAGGUAAUAAACUAUCAAAGAUUUGAUAGGGUCAGCUUACACAUCAAUGGUACCAUUUAUAUUCCAUGUUUUAUGUGUUGUUUGCUAACCCUACUCUAAUCACAGUAACAGGGUUGCUAAUACAUGCUAAUGUUAGCUUUUUCUCAGCAGUAGAAGCUAGAUAUUUAGCUAGUUGUUAUUGCUGACCAAGAGGACAAACUUAUGUUAUGUUGUACAUGAAUUAUUUGAAAUUUGAUGGGUGUGCCGUAAAACGUCCUCCAAUUCAGGAAUGAUGUUUAACUAUGCUCUUAAGUAUCUGGUUGCUGUGAGUGUCAUCAUGGCUAUUCGUAACACAGCUGAUAAAAGGAAUGGCAGAACAGCAGAGUAACUCACUGCGGGUCUUGGUUAUUGACCUCUGGCUGCACAUUUUUGAUUUUCAAACAGUACUAAUAAGGGCUGAUGCUGCAGAUUAUAAGCUAAUCAUUUUUACGAUGUGCAAAGGAGGUCAUUAUUUUCACAGUAACCCUAAACUACUGAGUAUUUCCAGUCAAAUGCAUUCAUUUUGCACUUUUUUCUGAAACUACCUCUAUUUUCUUUUGUUCUUGUUGCUGAUUUUAGGUCGUUAUUUUCUGCAGUGUGCAGUAGACAACUUUGCUCCACUUAAGCUGUUGUGCAAAAAUAAAGGUGAAGAAGACAAAUUC